AUGAAGCAGGCCACGGCGUUUCAGAGCAAGUUUUGGCGGCUGCAUAGUCCUCUCAAGUUGACGAGGAUGGAAAGGCUUUACUCGAGCGCGGAUAUCGAAGGGCCGCCGCACGCAAGGGAUGUCCCCUUCAAGGAGAGGGUUAGGCCGGGCAUGGUUGUCUCUUACCGUUCAGUUGGAAAAACUGGGGCGGCGCAGACGGGGACGGAGCAGAUGGGGGUUGUGCUGUCGAGGGCUGAUGCGGUGGGGGAGAGGGUGAGGGAUUUGACUGGGGUGCAGGUUAAUCAUGGGGGGGAGAACUAG